AUGGCAACAACAAACUUCUCAUCAGAAAGUUAUAGUCCUCCUUCUUACCAAUCAGCUGAUUAUGAUUCAUUAGAAUAUAUACUUCCUCAUAAUGUUGACUAUCUAGUAGGUCUUGGAACAGAAGAAUUUGGAUUAACAGAUAAAUCUUUAAUGUGGAUUGUUGAUGAUAACAACAUUUCAGAAUUGUGUGAGAAAUUUAGGAAUUAUUCAAUUGAACACUCUAAAGAAAGAUUAUUGACUGUAUAUGAAGAAUU